UUUAAAGCUUAGAACCUGUUAGUUUCAGACAUUUUCAUCAGUCCUUUGUUGAGGUAAUGAAGAAGGAAGGGAAGCUGCAGGUGUUAAUAUUGCCUCGUUAAUAUUAUGUUAGGCGCCCAUUAAUGAAUACUCAUUGACUUUAUUACUGAUUUGGUUCUUGUUCUUCGUAAUUGGAUGAUACAACUGCAACUAUAUUAUCAUAGGGCGAUUGCUUAAUCCUCUUAUUAGUUAAGUUGGAUCUGUAGCAGUAAAGAGUUUGUUAUAAAUAGAAAGACUAGCAUGCUUAUGUUGUAUAGUACAUAAGUGGCUUUUGAUACUUUACAUCUAGGAACAGUGAAAUCUAGUAGCUGGUCCAGUGUGUGUAAAUGUGGUAAAACUAGUUUAGUAUGAUCUCUUCAUACAGGUAAUAACAUGUCAUUUUCUCUUUGAUGUACUCAUAUUUCAGAAUUCAGAUAUUAUGUACCUUAACAUCCACCUGAAAGCUGAUUUGAUCAACACAACUUAAUGACUAAAAUGAAAAAAAUAACACUAAAGUCUGUUGAAUAGAGAUGCAAAAUGUCACAAUUUUACGUGCUUCUAAGACAACAGGUUGAUAACUCCGAAGUCAACCCCAGGUGGGACAUGCUCUGCUUUCCUUCUCCGUGUCAUUUUGGUGUUGUUUCCAUCUAAGAGCUUCCCUUCGUUUAAAUAAUACUCAUUGAACUUCCAGUAGAAUAUAAUAUUGAUUUUGGUGUUCCUUUCAUUGAUUCCUUCCUGCGUAUGAAUCUGCGUAGAGAAUAAGUCUUAUAAACGUGCAAUUCUUUAUUCGAUCGCCAUUUCUCCAAAUUCAAAACCCCACCUGUUAAGUAACAGUAUAAUUUAUAAAUUCUUGCAAAAUUUUCAACAUUGUGAUCAUUGACCUCGCACCUAAGCCUCCUCCUCCUCCUCCUUCUUCUUCUCCUUCGCACGCAACUAUGGAUCUCAGGGAGUCAAUCAACAACCAGACGGAUGUUUCUUUCAUGCUAGCUAAGAACAUUUUCUCCAAAGAGGUUAAAGGCGAUUCGAAUGUGGGGUUUUCUCCUCUUUCAAUUCAAAUAGUUCUUGGCCUGAUUGCUGCCGGAUGUAAAGGACCAACGCAGGAUCAGCUGCUCUGUUUCCUCAAGUCCAAAUAUAUUGAUGAACUUAACUCUCUUUAUUCUCAUCUUGUCAAUAUCGUCUUUGUUGAUGGCAGCCCUAAUGGAGGUCCGCGUUUGUCUGUUGCUAAUGGUGUUUGGAUCGACCAAACACUCCCUCUUAAGCCUUCUUUCAAGCAGGUUGUGGGCAAUGUUUACAAGGCUGCUUUAGAGUCUGUUGAUUUUCAGAACAAGGCUGCUGAGGUUGCCGAUCAAGUCAAUCAGUGGGCUAAAAUGGAGACAAAUGAUCUUAUCAAAGAGGUUCUUCCUCGUGAUGCAGUGAACAACAUGACAAGGCUGAUCUUGGCCAAUGCACUAUAUUUCAAAGGAGAAUGGAAUGAGAAGUUCAAUGCUUCAGAAACGAAAGACCAUGAAUUCCUUCUCCUCAAUGGAGGGUCUAUUCGAGCACCAUUUAUGACUACCAAAAAGAAGCAGUACAUAGCAGCGUUUGAUGGCUUUAAAGUAUUGAGGCUUCCUUACAAACAGGGCACAGACACGCGUCGCUUCUGCAUGUAUUUCAUUCUCCCAGAUGCCCAUGAUGGAUUACUUGCUUUAGUGGAAAAAAUCAGCUUAGAACCAGCAUUUUUAAAUAACCAUGUUCCAUAUGGAAAAGUUAGAGCGCGCAAGUUUCUUAUCCCUAAAUUCAAAAUAACUUUUGAGUUUGAAGCUUCCAACAUUCUAAAGGGACUCGGCCUCACUUUGCCUUUUUGUGGUGGUGAUCUCACUGAGAUGGUUGAUUCCCCUAUAUCUCAGAACCUGUCUAUUUCACAGGUUUUUCACAAGUCUUUCAUUGAGGUAAAUGAGGAAGGAACCGAAGCUGCAGCUGUUACCGCUACUGUUAUAAUGACCAUGUCCUUGAUUAUUGAGAAGGAGAUAGAUUUCGUCGCGGACCAUCCAUUCCUAUUCCUUAUAAGAGACGAAUCUACUGGUGCAGUGUUGUUCAUAGGCAGUGUGAUGAAUCCUCUAGCAGGUUAACCUACGUGAAUGUCUGAAUUCACAUCCAUAGAAAGCUUUAUAUUAGCAAGAUAUAAUAUUUGCAGAGAAUGGUAGAUUUAUCAAUUAUUAGGACAAAGUUGAGUGGUGCUACGUAUCUUUUUGUAACUCUGUACCCUUAUGAUGAAACCUUACUUAAUACAUCUCUGGCAUCUUAUAUAAUUUUAUUUGUGCUUUAUAUAUUAGCUUAA